GACACUCAAAAGACGUGCUUCUUCUAAUCAUCCUCUUUUCCAAACCCCAAAAGCAACCCACCCCCCAAAUUUCAGUCCCUCUCUCCUUCUAAAAUCUUCCAGCGUUGUCUUCACUGCAAAGACAACCAGCGACGAACAUAAAGAGGAAAUGGAAUCCCCAUCGCCCAUCUCCGGCCCGCAACAGCAGCAGCAGCAGCAGCAGCAGCAGCCGCCCUCUUCCAAGAAGAGCUUCGUCACCACUCUCAUGGAAGCCGCCGCCCUCCGCUCUCCUUCCUUCAAGGAGGACACCUACUUCGUCUCCCACCUCAAGCCCUCCGAGCAGAAGGCCCUCCAAGACCUCAAGCUCAAGCUCUCUUCCUCCCAGCCCUCCGGCGACGGCGACGGCGAGGGCGACGGGGACGGCGUUGGCGUUGCCAUGUGGGGCAUCCCUCUCUUGGGCGGCGACGAGCGGGCCGACGUCGUCCUGCUCAAGUUCCUGCGUGCCCGAGACUUCCGCGUCGCCGACGCGCACGCCAUGCUGGAGAAGUGCCUGGCUUGGAGGAGCGAGUUCAAGGCCGACGGCAUCGUCGACGAGGACUUGGGCUUCAAGGAGCUCGAGGGCGUGGUGGCCUACAUGCGCGGGUACGACAGGGAAGGACACCCGGCGUGCUACAACGCGUAUGGGGUCUUCAAGGACAGGGACAUGUACGAGAGGAUCUUCGGGGACGACGAGAAAUUGAAGAGGUUUCUCAGGUGGAGAGUCCAGGUGCUGGAGAGAGGGAUCAGCGCCCUGCAUUUCAAGCCCGGCGGUGUCAAUUCCAUCAUUCAGGUGACUGAUCUCAAAGACAUGCCCAAGAGAGAGCUGAGGGUCGCGUCCGCCCAGAUCCUGUCCCUGUUUCAGGACAAUUACCCCGAGAUGGUCGCUCGCAAGAUUUUUAUCAACGUCCCCUGGUACUUCAGCAUGUUGUACUCGGUGUUCAGUCCGUUCUUGACUCAGCGGACCAAGAGCAAGUUCGUCAUCUCCAAGGAAGGCAAUGUUGCGGAGACUCUCUACAAAUUCAUUAGGCCAGAGGAUGUUCCUGUUCAGUAUGGAGGGCUGAGUCGACCCAGCGAUCUGCAGAACGGUCCUCCGAAGCCAGCGUCUGAGUUCACCGUCAAAGGCGGAGAGAAAGUCAACAUCCAAGUAGAGGGGAUCGAGGCUAACGCGACGAUAACGUGGGAUAUAGUGGUGGGAGGCUGGGAUUUGGAGUACAGCGCCGAAUUCGUGCCCAACGCCGAGGGGAGCUACACCAUCGCGGUCGAGAAGCCCCGGAAGAUGUUCCCGUCUGAGGAAGCAGUCCACAACUCCUACACCGCCCGUGAAGCAGGCAAGAUGGUCAUCUCCGUGGACAACACCGCCUCGCGGCGGAAGAAGGUCGCCGCUUACCGCUACAUCGUCCGCAAAGCCCCCGCAUUUUAAGCUUCUGUCCCCAUUUUUGGUUUAACCUUUAUUCCCUACCUCACUCGUUAAAGAGCUUGGGGCAUUAUGAUGCUUGCGAGCCAUGUCUGGUAAUGAAUGCCUCGCUGUAUAAAUAUGGUGCUACUGGUUGUUAUAUGGUAUUUUAUGUUGAAGAAA